AUACUCAACCAUAACAUGGAGGGUCUUUCGGAAUUUGAGAAGCAGAGGCUGGCGAACAUCGCUGAACGCGAUGCUCUGCUCAAAAAGCUGAACCUGGAGGCGCAGUCUUCUGGUCUCUUUCCGACCCCCGUCAAAGAUGGCGCCGUCAAGGCGAAGAGGAAGCCGACGCCGAAGCGGGUGAAGACGGAGGAGGAGACCCCCCUACCGUUGCGCAAGUCCUCGCGUAUCCGUGGUCUCAAGGCUGAUAGUGAAGUGGCCAAACGGAAGGCCGAAGAGGAGUACGAGAUUGCAAAGGAAGUUGAACGUGCCAAAAAGAUUCGCAGGACGGACUCAUUUACAAUGAGCGAUAUGUUCGUGGCUGGCCAGAAGUUGAGCGGUGACAGUCUCAUCGGUGUGGAUAUGCUCACCAAGCCAGUUGCAACACCAUACAAGAGGACCUUUUGCGCCGACGACAUUUCGAAGACUACAGACAAAGACCUCAAGGCUUUGAGAGAGGAGAUGAGUGGGCUAAAGCUGUGGGAGGCUUGGGAUCCGCAACGAAUCAAAAUCACGCCCGAAAGAGUUUACUCCAUGACAUUCCACCCCUCCGAGGGGAAGCCUCUCAUCUUCGCCGGGGACAAGCUGGGCCAUCUGGGAAUUCUGGAUGCGUCACAAGAGAAGCCAAUUUCUGGUGUCAAGGUCGAGGAUGAUGAAGACGAAGAGGACGACGACCCGGAUCCCGUCUUGAUGACCAUCAAACCGCACACUCGAACGAUCAGUUCGAUGAUGAUCCAUCCCUCAAAGCCUACUCACCUCUAUACGGCUAGCUACGACAGCUCGAUCCGCGAGAUGGAUCUGAACAAGACAGAAUCGGUGGAAAAGUACGGGCCAAAGUCAACCAAGAUCGACGAGGCUCUUUCCGGUAUCGACAUGGCCCUCGAUGAUCCAAACACCUUGUACUGGACCACCCUGGAAGGCAUUUUCGGGCGCUACGACACUCGCACCCCUCUAAGUGAUAACACGGUGACUCGGUGGUCCCUCUCAGAGAAGAAAAUCGGCGGGUUCACUCUCUACCCCUCGGACCCGCACUACGUCGCAACAGCCAGUCUAGAUCGGACCAUGCGGGUGUGGGAUCUGCGCAACCUGUCGACGGAUGAACCAUCGCCCCUCGCCAUGCAUGAGAACCGGUUGUCCGUGUCGCAUGCAGCAUUCAACGGCGCCGGCCAAAUCGCAACCUCGUCGUACGACGACACGCUGAAGAUCUACGACCUCGGCGCCAAGGGCAUCUCAUCCUGGGCGCAAGGUCACACGCUCGCAGAUGAUUUCCGCCCAGACACCAUCGUGAAACACAACUGCCAGACCGGCCGCUGGGUAACAAUUCUUCGGCCUCAAUGGCAACUCAACCCGCAAUCUCGCAUUCAACGCUUCUGCAUCGGAAAUAUGAACCGCUUCGUGGAUAUCUACAGCGCGUCCGGCGACCAGCUCGCUCAGCUGGGCGGCGAGGGCAUCACCGCUGUCCCGGCCGUUGCGGUCUUCCACCGCAGCCAGAACUGGGUUGUUGGCGGUACGGCGAGCGGUAAGGUGUGUCUGUGGAUGUAG